GAAAGGUUUAGUCAUUGAAACCUAGAACUGAGUUUCUUUGAGGCAUGUUCAUCAGUUUGAAAGAAUGCAGAAUUUAAGCUUUUUCUUGUUAAUGGCUCUGAGCGCCAGUGUGGGAGCUGUAAAUACCGACAAAAUGAUCAACUGUUAUUUGGCCUCUUGGGCCAAUGACAAUCGUUGGUCAAGUCCCAAAUUCGAACCGGAGCUAAUUCAGCCACAUUUGUGCACGCAUAUAAGUUAUGCCUUCUUUGGCAUCAAAGAGGAUGGAACAUUCGAUGCGUCUCACACUUAUAUGGGCCCUCACAAUGAUUGGAUAAAACGAAUAGUCGAUUUGAAAUGGGAUAACUCUAGAUUGAAGGUUCUAGCCGUUGUUGGUGGCCGGGAUCAUAGUUCUGCUCGUUUCUCUAGAAUGGCUGCUAGCAAGAGCUCACGUACAAAAUUCAUAGAGUCGACAUUGGAGUAUCUGGAGGAAAAUCAACUGGAUGGUUUGGAUUUGCAAUGGUUGUCUCCCGGCAGCACUGGAGUACGCGAUGACAGGGUGAAUUUUCUCACUCUCUUACAAGAAAUUGCAGAAAGAUUUCGAAUCCAAGACUAUGAGUUCGGUAUAUCUGUGACAGGUGAUGCUGACUACAUACGUGAUUGGUACCAUAUUCCCCAAAUUGUGAAGCAUGUAAAGUUCAUCAACAUCUUGACCUACAAUUAUACCGGUGCCGUUUUUUAUAUUGGCAACUAUGCAUGGAAAUUUCACGCUCCCAUAAGGAGAGUGAUGUCAACUAUUGACUAUUGGCUUGAAAGUGGUGCGCCAGCUAAAAAACUGAACUUAGGCAUAGCCUUAAUAGGACGUUUUUUUACGGAUCCAGAGCAUCCAAUGAAUGAAACAUUUUUAUUUUUCCGAGUGUUGGAAAAGAUACAUAAGGGAAAAUACACAUUCAACACCGAUUUAGGUGCAAGCCAACUGUUUUUUCCAAAAGGAUACAAGGCCUAUUAUGAGUCUGAACAAGGCAUUCAAAUGAAAAUGGAGUUUGCCAAGCAGAAAGACUUGGGAGGUGUAAUGAUUUGGACGUUAGAUAGCGAUAUGGCUUUUGAACCCUUUUAUCCUUUGCUCUCGCUUAUAUUUCGAAUGUCGGACAAAGGCUUUGAAUGUCAAAGGAGCAAAUGUUGCUUAGCUAAUCAAUCUAAAAACUGUUGGCCAUUUUACAUGGAGAACCCUCAUGUCUAUACAAAUAAGCCAGCUUCAAUUUAUUCAUUUAGAAUCUUAGGCUAUGAGUUUGGUAUAUCUGUGAUGGGUGAUGUUGAAUACGUCCGUCAUUGGUACCAUAUUCCUCAAAUUGUGCAUUAUGUGAAGUUCAUCAACAUCAUGGCCUAUAAUUAUAGCGCUGAAAUUGAAUUUGUGGACAGCUAUGAAAGGAAAUUCCAUGCUCCCAUAAAUAAAGUGAAAUCAACUAUUGAAUAUUGGCUUUAUAGUGGUGCUCCAGCUGAAAAACUGAACUUAGGCAUAGCCUUAAUUGGACGCAUUUUUACCAAAAUAGGACCUCCACGCCAUGAAACAUUUGUGUACUUACGGGUGGUGGAAAAUCUUGGAAAACAUGAUGGCAAAUAUACAUUCAACACUGACUUGGGGUUAAUGGCUCUAUUUAUGAGUUUGUUAAAGGCAGAAAAAUUUUGUGUCGCCCUAGAUAAGAAAAUCCAUUGUCGCUACAGUGCCCAGGCGUAUUAUCGCAAAUUUCCGUAUAAAUUUGAACCGGAGAAUAUUGAUCCCAACUUAUGCUCAUAUUUGGGUUUUGGCACCUUUGGCAUAGAGGAUACUGGGGCAAUUAAGAUAGACCAUUAUUUUAUGGACCAGCAAUUGGGUUUGAUAAAAAACACUAUAGCCUUGAAACAGAAAAAUCCAGCCUUGAAAGUUUUAGCUGUUGUAAGAGGCAGUUUCGAUGAGUUUGACAUUCAAAAACGUCAGAACUUUAUCGAUACAUCGGUACAUUUUAUGGAGCAAAAUGGUUUUGAUGGUCUAGACUUGAAUUUCUUAUACCCCAGAGAAGUGAACUUGGGUGAUCAUCGAAAUGUCUAUGAAACGUUGUUGCAGGAAUUGCAUGUGGCAACUCCCAAUCAGUUUAGACAAAAUUUUCUGGAAAAGUCGAGUUACCGUCAGCUUAGGGAAAACAACGUCCAGCCCGUCAAAAAGAAAGGCAUUGCCAGCCUUAAGCAUAGCAGUAGAAUAUCCAAAGUAUUAAGUGUCCGUAAUUUAGAGUUUGGUAUAACCGUGAGUGGUCUUGUGGAAUAUCCUCGAGCAUUUGUCCCCCAUAUUUCCGCAUAUGUUAUUUUCAUUAACAUUAUGGCAUAUGGAUAUGGCAGCGAGUCAGUAUUAGACUAUGAUGCUCCUUUGCAAUCAUCGAAUGGUAUGGUCGGUGGUGCCGAUGGUAUAUUUGAUGUUGAAUCUUGCAUCAGCUAUUGGUUGAAGCUUGGUGCUCCAGCCUACAAAUUGAACUUGGGUUUAAGUAUUCGCGGUAUGGCCUACCUAACGUAUGUCACACCCAAAGAGCUUCGAAAACCAGGUAAACUUGUCAAGGUAUUGCUGUACAAUGAAAUCUGUGCAAUUAGAAAGAAUUUCGAAGAGGCAUUCGACAGUGUUCAAGGUGUACCAUACAUGAGAAAUGUAACACAUUGGAUUUCGUAUGAGAAUGCCCAAAGCCUGGAUUUGAAGCUGAAUUUAGUCACUCAGUACGAUUUAAAUGGCAUUAUGAUAAGAGACAUAGGCGAUGAUGAUUUCCAUGGCGUGGUAAUAAGUUUCUUAACAAUGAAAAAGUUAAAUUAUUCUUGGCUGCCAAUAGUUAUGCUGUUUUGUAUUUCAGCACAAGCAGUGGAACAUACGAAAAUGGUUAACUGCUACCUGGGUUCAUGGUCAUUUGAACGUCCUGUUCAUGAGAAUUUAAAUGCCGAAGCCAUUAAAUUGGGUUUGUGCACUCAUUUGAGUUAUGCCUUCAUAGGUCUAACCGAUGCAGGAGUUUUAGAUGUUCAAAACUACAGAGCUGACAAAGAGCUUGCUUGGAUAAAACAAACCGUUGACUUCAAGAAGCUUAAACCCAAAAUGAAGGUCAUUGCCGUUAUCCAAGGUGAUGCCACAAUUUUUGCUGAUACACAAAAGCAUAACAAUUUCAAGCAGUCAGUCUUGUCUUUUAUGAGCCAACAUAACUUCGAUGGCAUAAAUUUGUAUUGGGUGUACCCAGAUGCGGAUACCGAGAGCUCACAUGUGGAGAAGCGCAAUUUUGUAGUUUUACUAAGGGAUUUGCAGGAACAAAUGCAGCAAAAGAAUCUGGAACUUAGCGUCUCUGUAAGUGGUUCUGUAAAUACAGCGAAUGCUUGGCAUGAUGUGCCCAGACUUUUCAAAUAUGUCAAUUAUGUCAAUGUUUUGGUCUACAAUUAUACAGAUGGCACAAAGGCAGCUCAUACGGCUCCCUUUAGUGGAACUGAUGGCAAUAAUGUUGAAACUGAUAUACACUACUGGCUGAAAUCUGGCAAUUACUAUAAAUUGAAUUUAGGUGUUGGCCUACUUGGACGCAGUUUCAAAUUGGCAGACCAAAGAACCACAGAGCCUGGAUCUGCCAUACGCAAAGGUGCUGACAAUAGAUAUUCACCCUAUUAUGAAAUUUGUAAGAAAGUACAGCCCUAUAGUACAAAAUUCGAUUUGGCAGCUGGAGCUGCAUAUGCCUAUUCGGAGGAUAAUUGGGUGACCUAUGAGAAUGCCCAAAGUCUGGCCCUCAAAUUGGAUUUAAUUAUGGAGAAGCAGCUGAAUGGCAUUACAGUGUGGUCUUUGGAAAACGAUGACUAUAGGGCCCAAUGUGGUGAGCAGUUCCACUUGCUGCAAUUCAUCCGGCGAUACUUUAACAGAUGGUAUUAUAGAGCUGGAAGUCUUUCAUGCAAAACCUAUGGUGAAAAACGAGCCUCUUGUUAUAGGGAAUAUUAGUUUCUAUAGAAUGCAAUAAAAUUCAAAAACUUGAAGUGA